GGUUAUACAAUCAACCUCGUAAUAUCUUAUUUUGAGAAAGAACGUCAACGUGCAGAGAGGCAAUACAUGAAAACCCAGAAAAUUGAAUUGCGACAAAAUUAGUCGUCGCACAUAAACGAUAAGUACCUAGAUACUCACGCUUGCAUUUUAACAAUGUCGACUGGGGCAAAUCCCACUUACGCACCUGGCCCUACGAAUUCAAGAACCACCUCUAUGAAUGCGAACCAUACCCAUGCCGAUUAUCCCAAUGGACAUCAUCACCAUAACGAUGCUGGAGUUAAGAAAGGAAAACAGAAGAAGGGGACGGAUCCGAGUGAAGCCUCGAAACUUAUUGCGGCCAAAAUCUCGCAACUGGAACUAGAUGCAGCUGGAGAGAAGGAUCAAGAGGCAGAGAUUGGUUCGUUUUGUCCAUUCUAGAAACUCCCUCCCUAUUGCCGAUUUGCAUACUGCACCAGAUUUCUGCUGUCGUGUGCAUUGUUUACUCGGAAUGCGUCGCGAUGGAAGGAGAGGGAACGCGAAGUAAAAAAAGCGAAUCGAGAACUGAAUUCCUCAAUAUCCAAAAUGGACGAUCUCCAAAAAAUCGAGACACUCCAAAAGAGGGUCACCGAACACCUUGCGGAUAUGAAACGACUGGAGCGAGAUAAUCAGAAAAACAAGAAGCGUGGUGAUGUGCUGCAGAAGGAGAAAGACGUCGCGAGAACCGACCUUGGCAAAGCCGUCGUCCUCCGAGAGAAGUUGGAGAAACUCUGCAGAGAAUUACAAAAGGAGAACAAUAGACUCAAGGGUGAAAACAAAACUCUACAAGAUAAUGAAAAGAUCGCCAAAGAAGAAUGGGAUCAGAAGUGUAGUGAAAUUUUGUGGCAGUUCCAGGACUAUCAACAUACAAAGGAUAAUCCCAAAACUGUGGUUAUUAAUCCUGAACUUGACGAACUCUUCAAAGCAAAGUUCAAGUCAUUGAUUGAUCAGUACGAAUUACGGGAGCUUCAUUUCCAUUCUCUUCUGCGUACAAAGGAGCUCGAAGUUCAGUACAAUCUUGCUAGGUUCGAGCGUGAGCGAAGAGCUGCUGAACAGGAGGUAAAUCGGGCAAAACAGUUGAAUCAGCAGGUUCUAACUUUUUCCAAAACCGAAACCGAGUUGCGAAAUCAGUUGAAUAUUUAUGUGGAGAAGUUCAAGCAGGUGGAAGAUACGCUCAACAACAGCAAUGAUUUAUUUCUAACGUUUCGCAAGGAAAUGGAAGAAAUGUCGAAAAAGACGAAACGUCUCGAAAAGGAAAACAUGGCUUUGACUCGAAAGCAUGAAGCUACCAAUAAGAACAUACUUACGAUGGCCGAGGAGCGCACCAAGAGUUCUCAUGAGAUCGAGGCAUUAAAGACGAGAAAUGAAAAGUUGAGAGACAUCAUUGAUCAGAUGCAGAGGCAAGGACGAGGUCUUACCCAAGGCAUGGCGGGGACCGUGGAAGGAGAGUAUGCUGAGGGUGAUUUAGAAGGCACGGAGAGCGAGUACGAAUACGAAGAGGGUGAGGACGAAGGAAGUGAGGGAGAAUACGACGACGAUACAGAGGAGGACGUUCACCCAGUGCCUCCAAGACCCUUUGGGCCUGUACCACCACCUCCUCCGGCCUUGAAUGGCAUGGCGGCUGCAAAUGGUGUACACUGAGAGUAGUAGCAUGGCCCAUCAGUUACACAAUUUUGUAUUACGGUCUUGACAUCCAUUUCGCGAUGCGUGGUUAUCUUUGUAUGUGCAAAUAUACUAGCAAGGUAAUUUUUUGCGACUUAUCAGUCAUCAGGACUGGGAGACCCUCUUUACACACAUGUAUAUGUACUAGCAGGAAAACAACUAAAUAGUCAACAUCGCUAGCGCGCAGUAACAAUUAAUUUUGAGCGAUCA